CUACAAUGCUUUUUAUUUAUGAUUGUCUUAAAAUACGAGGACUAGAAAACAAUUAAAAUAUAAAAUAGAUAAGAUAUGCUUAUUCAAAAAUGUAACGCGUUAAGUAAUUAAUAUUUUUGGAUACAUCCAUCCAUAUAUAUCCUUCUCCAUUAGCUUUUGUUCUUCUGUUCCAAUUCCAAUUCCUUCUGAAAUAUUCAUCGCAAUUCGUAUCGGUUUAAAGUAAAAAAGCAAUGGGAGGUGGUAAAGACAAGCAUCAUGAUGAGCAAGAGAAAGGAUUUCAUGGUUUUCCAGGAGGUGGACAUUACCCACCUGCUCAAGGAGGUUACCCUCCUCAAGGUUACCCACCACAACAAGGGUAUCCUCCAGCUGGAGGCUACCCACCUGCCGGAUAUCCUCCUGGUGCUUACCCUGCUGCGCCCGGUGGUUAUCCUCCUGCACCUGGAGGUUACCCUCCUGCUGGCUAUCCUGCACCUGGAGCUCACCAUUCAGGACAUUCUGGUGGUGGACUCGGAGGCAUGAUAGCAGGUGCAGCUGGUGCAGCCGCAGCAGCUUAUGGAGCUCACCAUGUUGGUCACGCCUCUCACAACCCUUACGGGCAUGCUGUAGGACAUGGAGGGUAUGGCCAUGCCCCUGCUCAUGGCUUUGGCCAUGGUGGUCAUGGUAAAUUCAAGCACGGAAAGCAUGGAGGCAAAUUCAAGCACGGAAAGCAUGGAAAGCACGGGAAACAUGGCAUGUUUGGAGGAGGAGGCAAAUUCAAGAAGUGGAAGUAAUCUCAAAAACCCCACCUUUGAUCCUCUCCUCCAGUAUAGUCUCAUUACCUGACCGAUGUUUCUAAUAAUCCCCCUUCAAACAUAUUUCAUUUUAACUAUGUCGGUUUAGAGAUUACUGGUUGAGGAAAUAAUUGGAGAGUGCUAGUAUAAACCUUAUGGUAUCUGCAGCAGAGGUUUCUUUAAUCUCUCAAUAGUAGAUGCUUUGAAACUUAUCUAUAAUUUGGUAUUGUAAUGACAGUUUGUGUUUGGUUUUUUCUUCAGUAUCUUCUUUGUUUGAUCAUUUGAUGUUGGUGGAGUUCUCCAAAAUAUUUAUGCUAUUGUAGAUCCUAACCUUUCUAUCUUGUUAUUCUUCGUUUUUUGGCCAUUAUUUUCGUUUCGCUCCCGAUCCAAAUUCCAAAGUACUUCAACAAUAUCUUAUG